GCCCCAGACGGCGGCGCGGCGCGGUGGGACGGCAAGGGCAGCAGCUCGGCGCAGCCAUGGCCCGGCUCCUGCGGGCGUCCUGCCUCCUGUCCCUGCUCCUGGCCGGCUUCGUCCCGCCUGGCCUCGGCCAGGAGAGGUCGAAGACGGACUGCCAUGGCGGUGUGAGUGGCACCAUCUACGAGUUUGGGGCCCUCACCAUUGACGGCGAGGAGUACGUCCCCUUUAAGAAGUACAGCGGCAAGUACGUCCUUUUUGUCAACGUGGCCAGCUACUGAGGCCUGACCGACCAGUACCUCGAACUGAAUGCACUACAGGAGGAGCUCGAGCCCUUCGGCCUGGUCGUCCUGGGCUUCCCCUGCAACCAAUUCGGCAAGCAGGAGCCGGGCGAGAACUCGGAGAUCCUCCCCAGCCUCAAGUACGUCCGGCCAGGCGGGGGCUUCGUUCCUAACUUCCAGCUCUUUGAGAAAGGCGACGUGAACGGGGAGAAAGAGCAGAAGUUCUACACCUUCCUGAAGAACUCCUGUCCUCCCACCUCCGAGCUCGUGGGCUCGCCCGACCGCCUCUUCUGGGAACCCAUGAAGGUCCACGACAUCCGCUGGAACUUUGAGAAGUUCCUGGUGGGGCCCGACGGCAGACCCAUCAUGCGCUGGUACCAUCGGACCACGGUCAGCAACGUCAAGAUGGACAUCCUGGCCCACAUGAGGCGGCAGGCAGCCCUGAUGGCCCCGGGGAAGUAGCCGCUCCCACUUCCCGCUUGCAGGGGCUGGGAGGCCCCGGCUCAGGAAGGAAACCCCCAGUCCCAGCACACCCUCGGCACAGCCGGCACAGCCGGCACCCCCGGCCCCGGCCGCCAGGCACGCGCGCACGGCUGCCCCCUGCCCUGUGCCGGGCGUGCGUCACGCCCACCGUGCUGCACGCCGCGCACAGUGCACGGGCCUGCCUGUGCCGACUCCCCGGACUGCACCACGCAAAUGCGGGGGAUCGAACCCCUCUCUCCCGUUCUGUCCCAGUGACAACCCACUUUCGUGAGAGCCCAAAGCGCUAAGUCUGAUGACCGACUCGGACCGGGACCCGGAGCACCACCGCACCUCCAGACCCACCCCUCCUUCCUGAAGGGCCCCCAGGCCCGCCCCCCCAGGCAGUGCGCUUGCGCGGGCGUCUCCAUGAGGGCGGGGCCCGAAGCCCGCGGGCGGACCCCCCCUGAGCCUGCUGCGGCCCAGCCCUUCGUGCAUUCAGGCUGAGCCCGGCAGGGACGCCCCCCUGCGCCUGUCCCCGGCACCCCACACCCCGUCUGCCUAGUAAAGCCUCUGCAGCAA